AUGCCGGAAUACAAAUUGACAUAUUUUGACCUCCGUGGAUGGGCAGAGCCUGCUCGUCAACUCUUUCAUUUAUCUCAUACUCCAUAUGAUGAUGUCAGAAUUCCAAUGGCAGACACUGAGUCUUCAUGGGAGAAUCUGAAAAGUAUGACCCCGUUUGGACAACUACCAGUUUUAAAUGUUGAUGGCUUUGAUAUACCUCAAUCAUCUGCAAUCUGUAGAUAUCUUGCAAGAAAAUUUGGAUAUGCUGGAAAGACUCCAGAAGAAGAAGCAUGGGCAGAUGCCAUUGUUGAUCAGUAUAAAGACUUUUCCGUUGCUUUCAAAACUUUACUUUUCGCAGCUAGAGCUGGAAAACCACAAGAAGAAAUUUUGAAGAUUAGAUAUGAGAUAUUCAAUCCAGCAAGAGAUGCAUAUUUCUGCCAUUUGAAUGCAAUUCUGAAAAAGAACAAAUCUGGAUAUCUCGUUGGAGAUGGACUGACAUGGGCUGAUUUAGUGGUGGCUGAUAAUCUUCAUAGUCUAGAGAAAUUCAAGGCGUUGGACGACGAUAAUAUUGGUCAUCAGAAUCUAAAGAAGUACGUGGAGAAGAUAUACUCAACUCCAGAUCUAGAAGAUCAUAUUGCAACGAGAAUGGACACAGAAGUCUAA